GCUGCUGCGGCGCCUGGCCACCCUGCUCUCCCAGCAGGCCACGCUCAUGGCCUCCAAUGAAGCCUUCAAGAAGCAGGCGGAGGGCGCCAACACUGCUGCCAAGAAGUUCAUGGAGGAGAAGGAGCUGCUGCAGGAGAAACUGCACGAGGCCGGGAUCGAGGUGCCAGAGGGCGGGAAACCAGGAGCUGGACCCCAGGAGGAGAACAAGACUCUGAAAGAGGAGCUGAAGACUUUGAAGAAGGAGCUGGACAACACCAAGAAAGCCCUGCAGAAGUCCGACAGCGACGUCUGCGCCAUGAAGAAGCAGGCCGAGAACCUGACACUGGAGUACGACCGCCUGCUGGAGGAGCACAGCAAGCUGCUGGCGAGCAGUGACAAGAAAUCUGACUGAGGAUGAAGACCGUCGGCUCAUCUUCAUCACGGCCUCUUCAUCAUCCCACUCUGAAACAUGUCUGCGCUGUGAUUGGCUGAUCGAGUCUGCCUGUCAAACUGUUUACGUUUCUGUAACUGUUUGUUUGUCUUGCUCUGUUUGUGUUUUUCUGUAAACGGACUUUAACUCUUCGGUAACUUUGAGCAGAUAUUUCCUGUUUCUGCAGCGCAUCACUUCCUGUUCCAAUAGGAAGUGAUGCGCUUCAUUCCAAAAUAAAAGUAUCUGACACUUUGCACGACCGUUUGAGGCAUCCUGAAGUCUGAACCGACGCUUCUUGUAGGUUUAGUGGACCUGAAUGUUUGGAUCAGAACCAGACUGGACUUGGUUCUGGAUCGGUUCUGGACUUUGGAGCUGUUUAAGUAUUUUUGUUGAUCAGACUUUAUUUAAAUCAGAAUAAAACGGUUGAUCCAGA